AUAACAAACAAAGAAGAAAGACGAAGAAGAGUGCGUUUCAGAAGAAGAAGAAGGAGGAAGUGUUCGAGGUUGUUUUUUUUUUUCUAUUUGGUUAUAUUUGUGACCAUUCUCUGACUUUUUGGCCUUAGAAAUAUCAGCAAGAGCCACGACAAAUCACGAUGAACCUGGAGCGGCUGCCCAAUGAGGAAAAACUCAGCCUAUGCAGAAAAUAUUAUUUAGGUGGAUUUGCAUUUCUCCCAUUCCUGUGGCUGGUAAAUGUUGUUUGGUUUUUUCGGGAGGCCUUCGUAAAGCCAGCCUACACUGAGCAGCUUCAGAUAAAAACUUAUGUGAAGCGGUCAGCUCUAGGGUUGCUGUUAUGGGUAGCAGUACUGACCACAUGGAUUACUAUUUUCCAGCACUUCAGAGCAGAGUGGGGGGAGGUGGGGGAUUACCUCUCCUUUACAAUUCCACUGGGCAUUCCUUGAGACAUUUUUGGUGACAGGUCUAAAUAACUGUUGAUCCACUAUAAUGGACCAAAGAAUUUUCCCUCAUUAACUACAGUGAAAGACUUUGGUGAUUUUUCUUGUCUCUGGAACUAAAUUCAAUUGAAUAAAGUUAAGAGUACUUCUUUAUGUCCCUUUAAAAGGUAAAAAAGCUGUAGGAUUUAAAGAUUCAUGUUUUUUUACACUUGCUAAGGCAUUUCAGAAAGUUCUUUGGUUUUAGAUUAGGAUAAUUAAUCUUGUAUAGCAGACAAUGUUAACUGUCAUGGCAGUAUCUAACAGUAUGUAAUGAUGAAGCUGGAUGUGCAUUCAGGAUUUUUUUUUUUCUUGAUUUAAAGUUUGUUUCUGUGUAAUUGUGCCACCAAAACUAUUUUUACUUGUGUAUGACUGACUAAUAAAAACAUAUCCAUAAUG